AAAUCUCUCACUCUUUCUUUCUGGGCCAAGAGAGAAAGCAAAUGACCAUAAUUAUAGCUGGAAUAACUCUCAGGAACCCGAGAGAAGCCAGCUUUAGGGGUAAGCCUGUUUUAAGUGACAUUCAUGUGUUUGUGUACUCCUUAAAUAUUUUUUGUAAGUUAUGAGAAUUUACAAUUAAAUUAUGGAUUUACAUAAUGUGUACCACCCCAGUAUCUUACUUCAUUUCUUCCUAGUUCACAGUUCAUUGCUAUCAUGGAAGUCUACAGAAAUGCCUUCUUGUGCUACAACAACUAUCAAUGUAUGUUCCAUCUCACUAUUCGUCCAGCCCCACACCCUCUGAGAGGACUCCUGAAAUGACUCACAGAAGGCUUUCCUUUCCCAUACUACCUAAAGGCCAAGUAGUGAUGGAAUUUUGUUUAGUUUAACAGUCAUUUAGACCCCCCUCGUUUCAGGUUUCCAAUCUUCUCACAAAGAUUACAAGCCCCUGGCAGCCAGGAAUCAUCCUGUAUCUCAGUCCUCACCACAGCUGAGUACUGUCAGUUUGCGGAGAAUGUGGAGGAAUAAACGCUUUUUAAAAAAAUGUUAACAGCAUCAGAAAUUAUAAAGAGUAUAAAGCAAUUCUUAUGGAAGAUCGAAUACAUUUGUAAUCACUUAAACACAAUGAAUAAAACAACAUUAAUUUCUGAAGAACAUUUGUGUAAAUGGAACUCAGGUAAUUUCAUCAAACUGAGAAUCUGUGGAGACGCAUGGUGGCGCUGCAGGAUAAUAUCGCGGGGAAAAAAUAAUCCUAAAACAAAAAAACUGGGUGAUACAGUCUUGACACUGUUACCCAGCGCGUUGGGAAGACAGAAGGAAAAAGCCGUUCAGGGGUGAACUAGAAACUAUUCAACGGGGAUAACAUCCUUAGGCCUCCGAGGAUUUGGUGAACCGAUUGGAGGCAAAUUUCAGUUUCCCAGAACUGCCAAGUGAAGCCGAAGCAAUUCCGCAGAAAGCUGCUGGGAAAGGAGCUAUGGAGAACCGAGGGGCAGGCACCGUGCGGAUAAGGCAAGUUCUGCUUCUCUUUGUUUUGCUGGGAAUGUCUCAGGCGGGCUCCCAGUCUGGGCGCUUUUCGGUGGCGGAGGAAACACAGAGUGGGAGCUUUGUAGGCAGUUUGGCAGCGGAUCUGGGACUGGAAGUGGGUGAGCUGUUCUCAAGGGGGGCUCGUGUGGUCUCUAAUGAUAACAAACAGCGUUUGCAGCUGGACUUAAAUACUGGGAAUUUGCUCCUAAGCGAAUCACUAGACCGGGAGGAGCUCUGUGGCUCCACGGAGCCCUGUGUGCUGCAUUUCCAGAUAUUAAUGAAAAACCCCUUGCAGUUUUUACGGCUUGAGCUCCAGGUCGAGGAUAUAAAUGAUCACUCUCCUGUCUUCUCAGAAAAAGAAAUCCUCCUAGAAAUCCCAGAGAAUAGUCCUGUCGGUGCUGUGUUCUUACUACAAAGUGCAAAAGAUUUAGAUGUAGGAAUCAAUGCUCUAAAAAGCUACACAAUAAGCCCCAACUCUCAUUUUCACAUUAAAAUGAGAGUCAACCCAGACGGUAGGAAAUACCCGGAGUUGGUUCUGGACAAGGCUCUGGAUUAUGAAGAGCAGUCAGAACUCAGUUUCAUCCUCACUGCUCUGGAUGGCGGGUCUCCACCCAGGUCCGGAACAGCCUCCGUUCAGGUGUUGGUGGUGGACAUUAAUGACAACUCCCCUGAAUUCGAGCAGCCAUUUUAUGAGGUGAAGAUUCCAGAGAACAGUGCACUAGGCACACUGGUUGUCACUGUCUCAGCUUGGGAUUUAGACUCAGGAAAAAAUGGGGAAAUAUCAUACACUUUCUCCCAUGCCUCAGAAGAUAUUCACAAGAUAUUUAAAAUUAACCAAAAGUCUGGAGAAGUCAGGUUACUGGCAUUCUUGGAUUAUGAAACCGUUGAAUCAUACUCAAUAAUCAUUCAAGCCACAGAUGGAGGAGGCCUUUUCGGAAAAUCAACAGUUAGAAUUGAGGUGAUGGAUGUCAAUGACAAUGCUCCCGAACUCACCGUGUCAUCAAUUACCAAUCCAAUCCCAGAAAAUUCGCCUCAGACAGUUGUUAUGGUUUUCAGUAUCCGAGACAGAGACUCUGGGGACAAUGGGAAGAUAAUUUGUUCUCUCCCAGAAGACCUCCCUUUCCUGUUAAAAUCUUCAGUUGAGAAUUAUUACACAUUAGAAACGGAGAGCCCCCUGGACAGAGAGAGCCAAGCCGAGUACAACAUCACCAUCACCGUCACCGACCUGGGGACACCCAGGCUGAAGAGCGAGCACAGCAUCUCCGUGCAGGUGGCCGACGUCAACGACAACGCCCCGGCCUUCAGCCAAAGCGCCUACACCCUGUGGGUCCGCGAGAACAACGGCCCCGCCCUGCACAUCGGCAGCGUGAGCGCCACCGACCCGGACUCGGGCGCCAACGCGCAGGUCACCUACUCGCUGCUGCCGCCCGGCGACGCGCGCCUGCCGCUGGCCUCGCUGGUGUCCAUCAGCGCGGACACCGGGCAGCUGUUCGCGCUGAGGCCCCUGGAUUUCGAGGCGCUGCGCGCCUUCGAGUUCGGCGUGGGCGCGGCCGACGGCGGCUCGCCGGCGCUGAGCAGCCGGGCGCUGGUGCGCGUGCAGGUGCUGGACGCCAACGACAACGCGCCCGUCGUGCUGUACCCGCCGCAGAACGGCUCUGCGCCCUGCACCGAGCUGGUGCCGCGCGCGGCCGACGCGGGCUACCUGGUGACCAAGGUGGUGGCGGUGGACGGCGACUCGGGCCAGAACGCCUGGCUGUCGUACCAGCUGCUCAGGGCCACGGAGCCCGGGCUGUUCGGCGUGUGGGCGCCCAGCGGCGAGGUGCGCACGGCCCGGCAGCUGAGCGAGCGCGACGCGCCCAGGCACAGGCUGGCGGUGCUGGUGCGCGACCACGGCGAGCCGCCGCUGUCGGCCACCGUCACGCUGCACGUGCUGCUGGUGGACGGCUUCUCGCAGCCCCACCUGCCGCGGGCCGAGGCGGCGGCCGAGCAGGCGCGGGCCGAGCCGCUCACCGUGUCCUUGGUGGUGGCCCUGGCGGCGGUGUCGUCGCUCUUCCUGCUGUCGGUGCUGGGCGUCGUGGCGGCGCGGCUGUGCGCGAGGGCCCGGGCGGCGUCUGCGGGGGGCUGCUCGGGGUCCGGGGGCGGCCUUGCGGGCCACCUGGUGGACGUGAGCGGCGGCGGGACGCUGUGCCAGGCCUACCGCUAUGAGGUGUGCCUGUCGGGAGGCUCGGGGACCGGCGAGUUCAAGUUCCUUAAACCAGUUCUUUCCAACCUCCAGCCCAAGUGCCCAGGGAAAGAAAUAGAGGAAAAUCCUACCUUCCACAACAGACUUGGGUUCAAUAGUCAGUGACUGUAAUUAAUUUUCGUAUUUUACCAGUAUUUUUUUGUUUUGUGGUACUUCCAAACCUAUGUUAUUUCCCCCAAUUUGUGUCUAUUUCGCAUGUGCUACCUACCCACCUUUACUUUAAAGUGAAUAUUUAUCUUUAUAUCUGGUCAUAAUGAGAUGAUAAUUUAUUCUGUAUCUCUGGAGGUCUUAAUUUAGGAUUUUAUUACCUCCUUAAGUAACACCACCAAAUCACGUUUUGUCCGUGGCCGUUCCUCCAGUUGAACUUUUUACUCACAAUUAUGAUUAUGGGAAAAUAAAGCAGAUCAUUUUCAAAUUA